AACUGAUUGACGUCACGUCCUCUGAAAUAAAACUUAAAAUCGUCAGAGGAACAAACUGUGAUCACUGAAGCAACGUGGAGGAUUGGUGAUUCUUGAUAUUUUUUUGGUAACGGUGAAUGUUGUUUUGUCGUAUAGACAUAUAGGUUAUUAACUUAGGUCACUAAAGACGGGGAGUGUAAAUGGAUCUGAUUUUUCACGAGAAGCAAGAUGGAUCAUUGUGUGCUCAACACUGCCUAAAUGCGCUUCUACAAGGCCCUUAUUUUACAGCAGUGGAUUUAGCUAACAUUGCCAAACAGUUAGACGAUGAAGAAGUAUCCCAGUUGGGAAGCAGUCGCGGUAUGUCUAAUUGUUUUCAAAAUAUGGAUGAAAGUGGUUACUUUUCAGUACAGGUUAUUAGCCAAGCUUUGCAGAUAUGGUCUCUAGAACUUGUACCUUUUUUGCGACAAUGUCCGGAAGCAGAACGUGCUAGGGAAAAUCCUGCUAGUCAGAAUGCUUUUAUUUGUCACUACCGGCAUCACUGGUUUACGAUAAGGAAGAUUGGAAAGCAAUGGUUCAACCUCAACUCGAUUCUUUCCGCACCUAAAUUAAUUUCUGAAACAUAUCUAGCUAUUUAUUUGGCUCAACUUAAAGAAGAAGGAAAUUCAAUAUUUAUUAUCACUGGUACAUUGCCUCGAUGUGAAGCCGACGAAAUAUUAUCCAUUUGUCCUGUUGUUGAAGACGACUUGACUAGAUCUUCCACAACUAGCACAAGUCAACCGGAUAAAAGUGCAGAAGUGGAUGUCGCCUUAGCUGUCAGUAAUGCAGAUAUUGAUGAUGAUGACCAAACCCUACAACGCAUCUUACAAUCAUCCGAAAAUGAUGAUGAAGAACUACAACUCGCUUUAAGAGUUUCAGCAAAUAUCUGUAAUUAUGUACUGAACUACAAGUCACAUUUGUACAGUACGUGCACCUAUAGUUAUACUGAUUGUCCCAACAAUUGUGCUUAACACGUAAAGGAUUUCAGCGCGUUAUCUUAGUAUUCUUGGUCUAUAACUAGAAGCAACUGAAGUAAGGUUACACCAACUUAUGCGAUUUCUGUAUUGGUAAAUACGUGUUUUGCAUAUUUUACUUCUUUUCAUCCAGUUUGCUCAUGAAUUAUGAAUCACUUGCUUUGUAUUCAGAUAGUAAGGAAAAAAAUAGGCUAUUUGGUGAAAACAAGUAUUUGGUUAUGCUUUGACUUGAUUCAUUGUUUUACGCUCGAAUUCGAGAGGCUUCUUGUCACAAGCAUUGGCCAGUUAAUGAUGCAAGAUCGUCAUACACCACUUGUUAACAUUCUCGUUACCGAUUCAUUAGGAUGUGACAAUCAUCUAAAUAUUGUUUAGGUUUUUGGUUAAAUGUAGAACAUAAUUUUUUGAUAAACAUGAGUUAGGCUGUGUAAAAAGUACCACUGAUUGCUAAUCAAAAAAUCAACCAGAAUGUAAACGAUUGCCUCACAUCCCAUCGACUCUAUCACUUCACAUGUUUGGAUGGACACAUACGUAGUGAGAAGCAUUCGUAAUCUACAAGCAAGGUUGGCUGACGCAUAUGUGUGUGGCUGUAAAUCCCAAUGGUUAAAUGAAAGUACAUAGUUUUGCAACCCCAAGUUGUGUCCGUUUUUGUUCGAUUUCAUCGUAGGCAUACUGAUGGAAAUAACUUCCUUGUCGACCGAAUUAUCGGGCAUUUAUCUCCUUCCAGAAGGUUCACUUGUCGACUUGGAAUAAGCAAAUGACAUAGUCCUGUUUGGUGAAG